AUGUCUACCCGCGACACCAUGGCCUCCCUCUUUUCAUUAGACGGCAGCACAGCCAUUGUGACAGGCGCGACAGGCGGUAUAGGCCUCAGCGUCGUCCCCGCGCUAGCCGAGAUGGGCGCCGACAUUGUCUCCCUGCAGGUUCCAGGCGACCCGCAGAGUUCCACCCUAAAGGCCGCCAUCGAGAGACACGGCCGCAGCUUUCAGGCCUUCGAUUGUAAUCUCAAGUCCGAGACCGAUAUUCAGCAGACGUUCACCCGCAUCUGGGAGGCCGGCAUCGUGCCUGAUGUCCUGCUUCAUAUGGCGGGCAUCACGCACAAUUCGCCCGUUCUCGAGACGAGUAGCGAAACGAUGAAUAAUGUCAUCGAUCUAAACGUUCGUGCCCCCUACAUCAUUUCCCAGCACUUUGGCCGUCGCCUCGUGUCGUUACACCAUCCGGGGAAGAUCAUCCACAUCACCAGUAUGGCGGCCACUCUGGCACAGGAAGACAUCUGCGUGUAUGCGGCCAGUAAAGCCUUCGUGCGGCAGAUGGUGCGUGGCCUGAGCAACGAGUGGGCGAGGGAAGGCAUUCAGGUCAAUGCUGUUAGUCCAGGUUUCAUUCAGACGCCCAUGAGCAAGCAUCUACACGAGAAUGAGGAUUUCAGUGCGUAUGUGAAAGGAAGAACUAGUAUGCGCAGAUGGGGCAUGCCGGAUGACUUGAAGGGCGUUGUGGCGUUCUUAGCAAGCCACGCAAGUGACUUCAUUACCGGCGAGGAGAUCGUGGUAGAUGGCGGAGUAAUUGGACGUUAG